AUGUCUUCUAAUCCUCAAAUCGGGUCAUGGAGAACCCCAGCCGAGGGCCAUCUCACCCCCGAUGCCAACGGAGAUCUUCAAACUGACUAUUCGCGCUGGCGAUUGGUCGAUGAGGAAGGCCGUCAAACAUGGCGGUACCUCGAAUCCGAUGUGGAAAACCAAGAAUGGCCGCAAUCAGUAGCUGAUAAAUAUCAUCUGGGAAUGCCAACGGGUCUUCCAGAUCUGCCAGAGGCCAAAACCCCAUUGGCAGCUGCAGAGAAUGGGCUUUCUUUCUUUUCGCAUCUGCAGCUAGAGCCAGGAAACUGGGCUUGUGAAUAUGGUGGGCCCAUGUUCUUGCUGCCGGGUAUUCUGAUCACUUACUAUGUGACCCAUACCCCUAUUCCCCCUGAGUAUGCCACGGAGAUCAAACGCUAUCUGUUUGCCCGUCAAAACCCUGAGGAUGGUGGAUGGGGUCUGCACAUUGAAGCCCACAGUUCUGUCUUCGGUACUUCUAUGAAUUAUGUAGCUCUGCGCUUGAUUGGUGUCAGUGAGGAGGACCCUCGCAUGAUCAAAGCCCGAGGACUUCUGCAUAAAUUUGGAGGUGCUAUCUACGGACCUCAUUGGGCAAAAUUCUGGCUCAGCAUUCUGGGUGUGAUGGAAUGGGAGGGUGUUAACCCAGUUCCCCCCGAGAUUUGGCUUCUGCCUGAUUGGGUCCCCUUUGCUCCGUGGCGUUGGUGGAUUCAUAUGCGUCAGGUCUUCCUGCCAAUGUCUUAUCUGUGGUCCAAACAGUGGUCUCACCCUCUAGACGAUUUGACAAAACAGCUGCGCGAAGAGCUAUACACCCAACCGUACAGCUCUGUUGAUUUCGCUGCUCAUCGCAAUUCUAUUCAUGAGGCAGAUAACUAUUACCCCAAAACCUGGGUGCUAAAUGCAGCCAAUGAACUACUGGUGCGGGUCUGGAACCCGUACCUUCGCCUCCCCAGUAUUGUCAAGCGAGCUGAGGAUUGGACCUGGGAAUUGAUUCGCAUGGAAGAUGAAAACACCAAAUACGCGGGGCUGGGACCCGUCAACAAUCCGAUGAACAUGGUGGCUUGCUUUAUCCAUGAUGGCCCUGACAGUUACUCUGUCCGUCAACACAGAGAGCGAUUGAAUGACUACAUGUGGGUGAAGGGCGAGGGCAUGCUCGCAAACGGCACAAACGGCGUGCAGGUCUGGGAUACGGCAUUCAUCACUCAGGCGAUUGUCGUUGCUGGCUUCGCUGACGAGCCCAAAUGGCGUCCGAUGUUAACAAAGGCUCUCGAAUUCCUCGAUGACCAUCAGCUUCGAGAGAACGUACCAGACCAAGAGAAAUGCUACCGUCAGCAUCGCAAAGGUGCUUGGCCAUUCAGCACCAAGGACCAAGGCUACACAGUCAGCGACUGCACCGCCGAGGGGCUCCGGUCAACACUCCAGCUCCAAGAGAUGCACAAUUUCCCCAAGCUGGUUUCUGAACAACGAUUGAAGGAUGCAGUUGACUGCCUUCUGCUUAUGCAAAACCCAAGCGGUGGCUUCUCCGAGUACGAAGUUACCCGCGCCUCCCCAAAGGUCGAGUGGCUGAAUGCCGCGGAGGUCUUUGGCGGUAUCAUGAUCAGUUACGACCACCCCGAAUGCACAACAGCAUCCGUCACAGCGCUGUCACUCUUCAGCAAAUUCUACCCUGAAUAUCGCGCCGACGAAAUCCGUGCUGCGAAACAGAAGGCAGUCGCCCAUAUCAAGCAUGUCCAGCGCGCCGAUGGUAGCUGGUAUGGUUCUUGGGGCAUCUGCUUCACUUACGCCGCUCUAUUCGCACUUGAAAGUCUGGCCAGCAUUGGCGAGAAAUAUGAAACGAGUGCUGACUCUCGCCGAGGCUGUGAUUUCCUUAUCGAGAAGCAGCAGGCCGACGGUGGCUGGGGCGAGUCCUAUCUCAGCAGCUCUACCCAUCAGUAUGUCCAGCACGAGAAGUCCCAGGUGUGCCAGACUGCCUGGGCUCUCAUUGGACUCAUGGAGGCAGACUACCCGCACAAAGAGCCAUUGGAGAAGGGCAUCAAGCUGUUGAUGUCGCGCCAGCAAAGCAAUGGAGAGUGGCUGCAGGAGUCGAUCGAGGGUGUAUUCAACCAGUCCUGGUAG